AUGUCCGAAGCGGCCGCCUUGGAAUCGAUUAUGCGACCGCCAUCACCAGAACUUCAGCGGCGCCUUUUCGUACCCACACCUUCCCUCCACGCGUCUGCCGAGACCGCCCGACAACACAGAGCUGAGCGCCAAUCCGCCCUUCUCGCGGAGAGGGCGACGGCAUACACAUGCCAUCCAGCCAUCCUGCCCGUCUCGCGUGAGAUGGCAGCGUCGGAGCGAAGGCGGAACGGCUGGAUGCAACUGCCAGUCGGCGAUGUGCUCAUGGAGCGCCACAAGCGCGUGGAGGGGCAUCUCGAGGAAAAGCGCCAGCAGGAGGUGGCAAGGUUUUCCUUCAGGCCUACUAUCUCUGCCCGUGCACGCACCAUGCAGUCCAGCCGGCCCGUCGUCGAGCGACUCUACAGUGGUACCGCGGAUGCAGGCACAGACACCGCAACUUUCACUGAUGUGACCAACCUGCGCAGCUCGAGCGGCGAAAAGACCAAAACGGCGUCCAUGGCGACAUACCAACGCCUUUACCAAGACGCGGUAACCCGACGCGCUCAUGACCAGAUGCAGGAGAAACUGGCGCGUGUGCGAUCCAAAAACGAGUUCUGCCCCUGCACCGACUCCGUCAGCGGCCUCAUCGCUUCGAAGCGAGGUGACACCACUCGCGAGCGACUCCUGCGACCGAAGGCAGCACUGGAUGUGGCGCGCGAUGUAUACCCGCAGGAGACGUUUGCACCGCGCAUCAACACAUCGACCCGCUUUGAGCGGGUCCCGCUCUCCGCGCGCGCAGCGAUAUGGCAGCGACGCCGCAGCGAGCGGCUGCACCACGCCGUGGUGGCACGUUGCGAGGUGGAGAUGCGGGAAUGCACUUUCCAUCCUCGCACGCGGCGUGGACUUACUGCGUUGUCGCAGGCCCAUGCGCGCGCAACGGCCGAUAGCUACACAGGCCCCCUCGCGAGCAUUAUGAGUUCCGCCGAGGAACUGCUCAGGCGCGUCGACCUCGAGGCGUCUGCGCCGCUACCGGAGAGCGGCCGCUGCGCUCCCUUACUUGAUGACGACGGCAAGUUACCCGGAACUGUUCCCGUCGACAUCUUGGCGGUACUUCACGAGGCCGAGCACGUCUCUGAGGCACUGCGCCUCCUUCCUGACACAAACUUAGACCUAGAUCUAUCACAACACACCUCUCUCGGAUGA